AUGGAUGCCCGUCUUUGGUGGGAGGUGGUGCAGCAGGUACAUAAUGUUAAUACCAUGGACUGGGCUGGGUUCAAGCAAGUUUUCAAUGAAAAAUAUUAUAACUCUAUGGUCCUGGCAGCAAAGACUGAUGAGUUCAUGAUAUUGGUGCAAGGAAAUCUCUCGGUGACAGAUUAUGCACAGAAAUUUGAUCGAUUGGCGAAAUUUGCACCAGAUUUGGUACUUACUAAUAGGGUACAAGCAGAUCGUUUUGUGAGAGGAUUGAAACUGAUGAUCGCUCGGGACAUGGAGAAAGUUUCGAGGGGUGCGUUCACAUAUGCCCAAGUUAUGGAAAUGGCUCUUACUGCUGAGAGGAGCGAGGAAAGAAUCUGGAAAAAGAAUGCCGCCAGAAGAGAUGCAAACAAGGAAUGCCUUAAAUGCACUAAGCGCCACUUUGGGGAAUGUCGGGCCAAGGCAUGCUAUAAAUGUGGAAAAGAAAGGCAUAUCAAGCGCAACUGUCCAUUGUGGAAUCAGGCUGGAAACAAAGAAGAGCCAAAGAAGGAUGAUAAAUAUGUUCCAGCCAGAGUCUUUGCGAUCACUCAGGCAGAAGCUGACGCUAGCCCUUCCGUCGUAUCAGGUCAAAUUCCUAUGGCCAAUACCACAUGUAAAGUUUUAUUUGAUUCAGGUGCAUCUCAUUCAUUUAUUUCUAGUAGCCUUGUAAAUCAUGUAAAUGUACCUAUAGAAUUGUUUAAUGUGGGUUUUGAGACUAUGCUACCAUCCGGGGAAAUUGUAAUAUCUAAAAAUUGGGUUAAAGUUGUACCUUUAUGGAUAGAUGGGAGGGAAUUGUAUGUGGACCUGAUUGUAUUAGAUUUAUCUAAUUUUGAUGUAAUUCUGGGGAUGAAUUUUCUUUCCAAAUAUGGAGCAUCUAUCGACUGUAAAUGCAAGAAAGUGGUAUUUGCACCGGAAAGCGGAGAUCCGUUUGAGUUCGAAGGCAUAAGCAAGAAACCCAGAACUCCUAUCAUAUUAGCGAUGAAAGCUAGAGAAAUGUUGCAACACGAAUGA